AAAUUAACUAAUCAAUAAAGAAGAAAGGUAUGUAAUUAUUUCAUAUUUUAAAUUUUAUAAAGGUAAAUUUUAAAUAAAUAUGCGUAACUUAUAAUAUGAGGUAUUCCAUUGUAAGAAACGAUUACAAAAAUGAACACGCAUUAAAAAACUCACUUUUAUCUUGACUGUUUGUCUUCUAGUAUAGACAUUUUACGAUUAGUACAUAAAAAAAUUAGAUCGGUAUUGUAAUCAUAAGAGUAAAUUAAGCAUCUCGUUAAUUAAAAAGAUAAUAGACUAUACAUUUAAGAUGUCAUUGACCUACAUUAUUCCUUAAAUAGAAAAAUUAAGGUAAUUAUUCUCAGAAAUUGUAAUAAAGCUGCUAAAAAUAUGAAAAAAAAAUAUGUUUAAUUUAGUACAAAAGAAUGCAAAAUAUUAUUCUUAUGAUCUUGGUAUAAACUUAAAAGUUAGAGGCAUUUAUAACGUUGCAGAUACUUAUAAUUGGACUUAUUAACGAUGACGCUUAAGUUCUCAGUAGGAGAUAGGAAUACAAAAAUAUACCGUACGUAUUAUUAAUGGUUUAAGUCUUUCAGGAUUGAUCUGGUUAUUCAUUCAUUAAAAGUUUGCUUGAAUACGUGACAACUCCUGCAUAUGUUAACAAAUAAAAAACAAAAAAAUAAACAUAAAUAAUUAUAUCGUUGAUCCGACAUAAUAAUUCGACUAAUUAAUUAUUAAUUAGUUAUUAUUUAUCAUGUAGAAUGACUAACGAUAAGAGUAAAAAUAUUUGUGUGGAAAACAAAAUUGAACUAUUGUUAAAUGACGUUGUGUUCUUUCUGGAAAAUGAAAUAAAAAAUGGAAAAAUGACCUUAGAAUCGAGAUUGGCAACUAAAAUUUUAAUAGAGAGAUGUAAAUUAUAUCUCGAAGAACUAAACGUGCAAAAUGUUCAAGGAACAGACAUUUAUAAUCAUAUGCCAUAUGUGGAUAUGCAAGUGAAAACGAGUAACGUUUUGGAUGAAUAUGUAGAGUCUGAUAUAAAAUUUGAAGAGGAUGUUCAAAACCAAGAAGCUCUUUACCAAAACCCUUCGUUGAAUCUAUCAAAAUCUGAUAAUCUAUCUACCUCGUCAGUAAUGAACGAUGAAGGCAAUUGCCCAUAUGCAAAUUUACCAGCCCAACAAGUAAAUACUUGCGAAAAAAAUGGACCAUUAAUAAAAAAAGAAAAAUUCCUAUUUCUUGAACACCACAAAAAGAUAUUUGCUGCAGUCCAAGAAUCGUUUUUUCUUAUUUACUUGAGUGAAAAAGACGUUAAGCCAAUUCGAACAAUUGACUUGACCAAAUACGAAGUCAGAAUUCAAAAUAACGGCAAAAAUAGUAAAAAAAAGUCUGCAAUUUUUGAAUUUGUCCGCCUGAAUAAAAAAUCGUAUCAGUUUAUUGCCCAAUCUGAUGAAGAAGCAAAUGAAUGGUGUAAAGCAAUAAGCAGCAAAACUUCAAAAACUACCGAAAAUACGUUUAAACCCGCGACAGUGCUUCUUAAAAGAAAUCUUCCACCUUUGCCCAAAAUUAAAAAUAAACUCGAAGCAAAUACUUAUGAAAUUGUUGAUAUCGAUGUAGAUUAUACCGAGAUAGAAAGCAAUGAGGGAGCAAAGACUGACGACAUAGAAGAAAAGAAAGGCAAGGAAAUUCCAAUUCCUCUUCCGCCAAGGGUUCCCGAGGGGGUUUCCUUCAAAUCGCCGUUAAAUUCGUCGAAAAAGACCUACAAACGACAAAAUUUUGAACAACGAUCGCAUAGAAAAUUCAUCGAUCUAUCCAAUAAUUACGAUUUGAUAAAUUUUAGAGAAAAACAAAAAGAUGUGUUGGAAUGGAAUAAACUAAGAAACGAAUCUACUAAUAGUGGCACUUACGACACAAUCAAUAACAAUCCUGACAACAAUCUACAAGGAAAAGAAGCAGAUUAUGAUAACGAAAAUCUUAAUUUAGAUAUUUAUGAUUUAGAUUUUGAAAAGAACGAGGAAAACAGAAACCACGGCAAUGAUGAUGAUCAUCAAAACAACAAUUCAAAAGAAGAAGAAAUUGGUAGUAACAAACCUUCUUUUACAUUUAAACCAAAAUCAAUUUCGAUUCCAUAUAAAAAAAAAUCGUAUCAUGUUUCUCUUCUCAAAGAAAAGUAGAAAUUGCAGGGCAAAAGCUAGUAUAAAAUAAUGCUUGUAUUUACGAUUUAUUUUUUUAUUAUUGCAAAGAAGUCAAAUGUUUGUCAGGCUGCAACAUAAUAAAAAAAAAUCCAAAUCGAUGCAGGGAAGGUUUGAACCUUGAACCCCCGUAGCUACGCCACUGGAAUUCGUCAGUUAUUUAUCAUAUUUUACCUUUCACAAUCAAAAGAAAAAUUAAUUUUAUGAAACGUAAGAUAGAUAAUAACCAUCGAAUCGAGAUAAAUAUAAUAGGUGCAUUUAAUACAAAAAUAUUAAUUGUAAAACAAAUGGAAAAUGUUAAGACGUUAGUGUUUUAUAUUGCACAAGAUUAAUAAAUAAUAUUGUUUUCAUAUUGUAAAAUUUUAAGUUUAGCCCUAAUCUGUAUUUAUUGUUUAGGAAAAACGUACAAAGUAUAGGUAAACAAUUAUUAAUAAAUAUUUUGAUCAGAAAA